CUCGAGUCUUGCUGCUAUCCAGACAUUUUAUUACCCGUUCGUUAAGUUGGGCUUUGGCAGUCAUUUCCUUUAUUUUUCUCAAAACUCCAGCUCUCCACAUCACACAUUGUCCUUGUCAGAUUGUUGACCCCAGACUUGGCUCUAAUUCUGCGUACAACCGUGCCGCCCACAUCCUAUAUCGUCUCCCAAUGCCGUGAGGGUAAUGGUCACCUUCUAGAGUUCCCAAACUCCACUGUUUUGACCACGCUGCCGUUGUCACGUUCUCUCUAUACAAUAUGUCUACUGCGGCACCAGUCGAAGCUUUGGUCCUUCAUGGACCCAAAGACCUCAAAUUGGAAUCUCGCCCACAACCAUCUCCUCAACUAGGUCAUGUGCAGAUUGCCAUCAAGGCAACCGGUCUAUGUGGCUCGGAUCUGCACUACUAUACCCAUGGCCGCAACGGCAAUUUCGUUCUUCAAGCACCUCUUGUCCUGGGCCAUGAAGCCUCUGGCGUUGUCACUGCACUGCCACCCUCCCAGGACAACAACUCCAAUGAAGACAACCCUGGCUCGAAGCUCAAGGUUGGCGACAGAGUAGCCCUCGAGGUCGGCUUUCCCUGUCGAACGUGUACCAUCUGUACCACCGGCCGUUAUAACCUCUGUCCCAAACUAUCCUUCAGAUCCUCUGCAAAGACAUUUCCCCACGCCGACGGCACCUUGCAGACUAUCACCACCCAGCCAGAGGCAAUGUGCCAUAAACUCCCCGACCAUGUCUCCUUUGAACAAGGAGCUCUUGUCGAGCCCCUGGCCGUGACAUUACAUGCAUUAAACAGAAGCCAGGCCGCAGGCUCGGGACCCGGGGUCCCCUUGGUCGGAUCAUCUGCGCUAGUGUUGGGCGCUGGGGCCGUGGGAAUGCUAACCGCUGCGGCUCUCUCAGUAGCCGGCGUUUCUAAUAUUGUCAUUGCAGACAUAGAUGCUCCCAGACUCGAGAUUGCGGCAUCACUGGCGGGAGGAAGGUUCAAACUGAAGACUCAACUCCUACCACGAAAGCCCGCAGCUGCUACGAUUGAAGAAACAUUUGCCGACGCUCAGAAUCUUGCUACCGAGUUAUCUCAGACAGCCGGAUUGGAUACUGGCUUUGACCGUGUCUUUGAAUGCACCGGUGUGCCCUCCUGUGUUCAGAUUGGUAUCUUUGCCGCCACCCCGGGUGGGAAGCUCUUAUUGGUGGGCAUGGGCAAUCCCACUCAGACACUCCCACUGGGUGCGGCUGCACUGCGUGAAGUGGACAUUAUUGGAGUGUUUCGAUACGCAAAUUGUUAUCCAGCUGCCAUCGCCCUCUUUGCCAGCGGCAAGUUGGAUGGGGUGGCUGAGGAUUUGGUGACUCACCGAGUUCCCCUGUCAAACGGUGAGAAGGCUUUUCGACUGGCUGCAAACCAGGGUAGGCCGGGCGAAGACGAGGGAAGAGUGCCGGUCAAAGUGGUGGUAGUGUCUUGAGCCUCGAGUACUGUACACUGCAGGUGUAAGUUAGGUAGUCAGCAUCAUGGUUACCAGGCACUUGUCCGCCCGUUGGUACCUUUGUAAGGCUGUGAGGGUGCCCAGAGUGUCAACCGGAAGAUCAACACUUUCCGCCCCCAGCCAAGAUCAUUAGCGGGCAGAUCUCCCUCCUACUUGUGGAGUAGUGCCUGCGGUUUAAGGUUGAUGCAUGGGGGCCAGGCCCUCUAACCUUCCAUGUCUUCACUUCCU